AUAAGCAAUUGCGCAGCCCGUCUGCACCAGCACCUCGCCCGAUAUGCUCCCCACUACUCUCCGCGCUCUACGUUCUCGCGGUGCAGCAGCGACCUCCCGCCCCUUCGCCCGCUAUGCCUCGACACGAACAACCAGUAACCAGGUCCCCGCCAAUGACCCCGUCCAGCGCGACGCGAAGCCCAAUGUAUCCGAGACCAAUGCGAUACCUACCUCUUCCGAGGGUUCGUUCGACAAGGUCCUUCAGGAGUCCCCAGAGGAUGCUGAGAAGAUGAGGGUCACACAGGCGCCGAACUUCAAGGGUAUCUGGUCAAGGAGUCAGAAUCCAAGGGAGAUUGCGAUGAGUGGACCGAGGUUCGAGCAGAGCAUCAUGGAGGACCAGCCACGCCCGUAUGCCGCAAUCGAGCUUAUCCACAAGCAACCCGUCCGCUGGACACAUGACCGCACCGUGUCUUGCGACGGAGGAGGCGGUCCUCUCGGGCACCCCAGGAUCUUUAUCAACACCGAUAAGCCCCAGAUCUGCUGGUGCACAUACUGUGGUCUACCAUUUGCCCAUGAGAAGCACCGAGCGCUCCUCGAGGCUACACCCGAACACGAGCUAUCAUACCCACUUGGUCCUAAAGGCGACGCAGCAGAAGUCAACGAGACACAGAAGGUUACCGAUGAGCCGCUCGCUCAGCGAUAGAGCAAUUCAAACUUCAAUAGUAGUUUGAGUUGGUGUACAUAUGUCUUGCAAUUGAGGAAUUCCCAC